AUGGGUCUAUUUCAACCAAGUUCCAAGUCCCAUGCCAAAGGCAAGGUGAUUUGUGAUAUAACCAAUACCAAAGAGCUUAAAUAUCAAUGCGAUGAUAUGAUCGAGGUGCUUUUAACGAGCCCCGUUGUAGGCUCUUCCCAACCAAACGUGGAGAAAACGAUCAAUGUCGAAGCGUAUACACCCUUUACUGCCUCUCAUGCAGUGGAUGAUGUUAUGAUGGCACUUAAUUUCGUUAGUUCCGUUGCUAUGAUUGGCUCUGUGGCCUACUUGUACCUGAAAAAAGUGGAUUGGCAUGAAUCAAAACUGCUGCUAUACUUUACGGUACCAUUUUUCACGAUCUCAUAUUUAAUAAAUCUGCUUGUGUCACGAAUCCGCGGUCCUGUUGUAUUCACUGGCUCUCGCCGCAUGGUAUCGAACCGCGUCGAGGAGGACCAACUUGUUAUCAAGUCUCCCCACUUUCUUAAACCUACACUUACGGGCGAAAAAGCUGCCGAUGGUCGACCGGAAUUGGUACCUCCGAAUUAUGAGAUUGAGGCCUACUUCUCCAAGACCACGAAUGGAGGCAAGACGGUUUUAAGUCGUAAGCACUGCCGUAUGGUUCUUGGUAAUUUUGGCGAAUGGUUUACCGAAGAUGGCGAGUUCAAGGAGGCUGCAUUCCGGCAUAGUCUGCUUUCCUGCCUUGAUAAACAUUUUGCUCAAUGA